AACACCCACACCAGACUGACGUCAGAGUGCACUGCACUUCUUCAGCCUCUUUAUUUUUUGGAUUAUAUUGUGGAAAAAUAUAUCUCGGACUGGGAUUAAUGGAGAGCUGGUUCAGAUUGGAUGGAUUUUUCCAACAAGUGUCGUGCGUAAAAAGGAGAAAAAGAUAAAUAUCAACUUUUUUUAAUUGCUGCAAUCGGUACGUUUCUUCUCAAAAAAAGGGUGGGACUUGAUGAAACUGCUUACCGGGCGUUUUGCAGACCGGUACCUGCUUAUGGAGCAAGAAUGAAAACGAGAUGUUCCAUUUAUUACUUCUUCCUCCUGUCACUGUCCACUCUGUGUGUCCUGCUGUUGGUCACAGUGAAGGUCUGCGACAUCACCCAGUCUUCUCCUCCCGUAGAGUCUUUAGAAAACGUUCAGCUGUUUCAAAAGUACAAUAUCAACUGUGUGGCUGUUUACGACAUGGACCCGGUGGAGGUGGGUAAGUCCCUGGUUAUCAGGAGAAAACAGAUUGUGGAGGAAAUGGAGGAAAAUCUGAUUAACCUCACAUCAAACUGCCCGCUAUUCAUUAAGUCCAGAGGUUAUGAUGAAGUGUGUGUCUCAGAGGAGGAGAGACACUUUCCUCUUGCUUACUCACUGGUUGUGCAUAAAUCCGCACUGAUGGUAGAGAGACUCAUCAGAGCGUUGUACUCCCCCAUAAACGUCUACUGUAUCCACUACGACCGGAAGUCUCCGGCUCAGUUCAUCUCAGCCAUGGAGGGUCUGGCCCGCUGUUUGCCCAACGUCUUCAUCGCCUCCAAGCAAGAGUCCGUCUUUUACGGAAGCUUCAGUCGACUCAAAGCCGAUCUCAACUGUCUGUCCGACCUUUUGGAGCCGGGUGUCCAGUGGAAGUAUGUCAUCAACCUCUGUGGCCAAGAUUUCCCCCUCAGGUCCAACAUGGAGCUGGUGUCACAGCUGAGGGAGUUAAACGGAGCCAAUAUGCUGGAGACGUGUCGACCCAGCGAGUCCAAGAAGCAGAGGUUCACCUUUCGCCACGAGCUGAGGGAUACCGGCUUAGAAUUCGGAAAAGUGCUGGUGAAAACGGAGCAGGUGAAGGCUGCGCCGCCGCACGGCAUCGAGGUGUUCACCGGCAGCGCCUACUUCGUCUUGUCCCGGGACUUUGUUGUGCACAUGGACUCCUCGGCGGUGGUGGGAGAUUUUCUGGCCUGGUCAGAGGACACCUACAGCCCCGACGAACACUUCUGGGCCACUCUGGUGCGACUUCCGGGCGUCCCCGGAGAGGUGCCCAGGUCCAGGCCCGAUAUCACGGACCUGAUGAGUAAGACCAGGCUGGUGAAGUGGCAGUACCUGGAGGAGGACCUGUACCCGCCCUGCUCGGGGGCACACGUCCGCAGCAUUUGUAUUUAUGGUGCAGCGGAAAUGCGUUGGCUGCUCAACUACGGUCACUGGUUCGCCAAUAAGUUCAACCCCAAAGUGGACCCCGUUAUCAUUCAGUGCCUUGAGGAGAAGCUGGAGGAGAGACAAAAGUUGUUCCAGUCAGUGGCAUCUCAGACCUGCAAUAAGGGUUAACCAAAAGACAAUUAAUCAAUUAGUCGAUCAAGAGAAAAAUGAAUCAGCAACAACUCUAAUGAUUGUUCCAUCUUCUGAAAUGUACAAAAUCUGCUGCUUUUUAAUCUUAAAUUGUCCUUUCUCUUUGGAUUUUCAACUGUUGGAGACAUUUGAUGUCAUCAUGUAGAGGCUUUAAAGGCAGGGUUGGUAUUCAUGGGAAACUAGUUAGAUUUAAAAAGUGAUCCAACCUUAGAACACAGCAAAGUGUUGCCAACUCUUUUCCAAUUGAAAUAGCUAGCAGCACUAGCGACAAAAGUUGCUAUAUUUUGUAAUCUGGAAUCUAAUUUGGAAUCAUUUUUUGAUUCAAAUUAAUUCAAUUUAAAGGCCAUCAUGAAUGUAGAGCCAGCAUUUUGUAUCAUACAUACCUGUUGCCUUAAAGGGUCACAAAACACAUUCUCACAUAUCUCUAGUGGUGUGUAGCUAUGCAUAUAUUUUUAAGUUUUUUAAGUAGAUGAGUUGUUAUUCUCCAUUUGGUGCAACCACGUCUGCAAGUAUGAACAGAGAAAGAAAAACUAAUGAGCUGUUCAGAAGCAGAAAUGUAGAAAAGUAAGUCAGAGAAGCAGUUUAUCGUGACAAACCCCAUUUCUACUUUAAACAUGUUGUCUCACCAGUCAUUGAUAUGAUUAGCUUAAAGGUUGUGUUUAAAAGACAAAUCUAAGAGUUUUACAUGUUUUACAUUGAAGUGAAUGUUUCCUGUUAUUGUGUCAAUUUAAAACCUUUUUUUAUUAUUAUUAUUUUUUAUUAUUUUGUGUCGAUUUUGUUGGUUCCUGUGGACGAAAGUGGUUUCUCUUUUUGAUAAAUCUAUUUUAACAGAGAUAAAAACAGUAUAAUUCAAACACCAAAUGUUUUAUUUACAUGAAAUAGUUUGAAUGAAGUGAUACAAACUUCCAUUUAGAGAAUACUUAUGAACAUGGAUUAUGAAGGUUUCCCAAAGUAUGGUGUCAGAGAUAAAAUAAAGAUGAGUGUGCGUGAGGGCCAACCUGAACUUCUGAAGGAAUAACCAGAAAUGUUACUGCUGAUGAUGCAAACUCUACAGCUGAAACUCUGUGCUCUUAUUGCAGGUGGUUUAAAUUCAACAAGCUCACACACAUGUUGCACGUAUAAGUCUAUAUAUAUAUAUAUAUAGUUUUGUCCAUCCUUCAUAUUUAUUUUAUUAACAUUUCACUCUCUACCUUUACAGUUUAUAAACGGAAGGAUGUGGUAACAUUAUAAGACUUUCCUAACAAAAGAGAAAGGAUGUAGAUACAACAGUGCAUGCAAGCUUCCUGUUUGUGGUAUUCUUUUGAUUUACACAAAAUAAAGCACACUGAGAGAAGUUUAAGUAGUCUAGACUUUAAUUUGUAAAUUAUGGCAAAUAUUGAUGCAGGAGUUCUUAAUGGAGUUAAGUUAAGUUAAUCACUGCUUAAAGGUGCAAAGUGUUCUGUUAUCUGGACACAUCUACAAAUACAUUUCACCUCUAGCCUUUAAAUACAUUAAUAUAAGUGUGGAACUUCCUUAAAUAUUUUGGGUAUUUGUGUUUUUUAUGGAGCAACGGUGAAGCUCAUAUCUCAUCCUCCUGUCUGUUUCCUGUCAGACUGAUGUAGAGUUUCGGUUUCGUUAUUUGAAGUAUUUAUAUUCAUCUCUGCACACACAGUAGAUUUUCUUCUCAUUUUUCUCCGUUUAUGGUGAAAUAUGUGGCAGUGGUUGCAAUAAGAGCAUCUUAAACUCGUGCUAUGAGUUUGUUAGAAAGUAUUUCUAAUAAUUUUGUAAUAUUUUCUACAUGAUAUUUAACAUUCAUGAGUGAAUAAGAAACAAAGAUAAUGUUAUGUAUGUUGUGAUGAUGUGGGACGCUAUCCCUCGUAAUAAGAGGCUGAUUUUAAGAACUAUAACAGAAAGUAAAGGGUUAAACAGAUCUGACCUACUUAGUGUUUGUUUAAGGGGCUGUGUUAUUAGAUAGUAGUUAUAGUUAUCAGAAAACAGAACUCAAUAUUCUUAUCAUGUUUAUACUCUAUGUAAACUACUUGUGAUGUGCAGGCAGUGGAGGAAAGUAACUAAGUACAUUUACUCAAGUCAUUUAUUAAAGUUCCAUGUUGAGGAACUUGUACUUUACUUAAAUAUUUGCAUUUUUGUUUUGCUUCUUUAUACUUUUACUCUGCUACGUUUUGCAUUUAUUCCAUACAUUUUGUUAUUUUGCAUUUUACAAAAUAAAUAAUAGAAAUAAAUAAAAAAUAUGACAAUUUUAAAAUGUUAAAAUGUACAUUUUAUUAUUUUUGAAAAUAAAAACAAAAUUAAAAAUAAAACAAUUAAGUAUAAGCAAUGAAUACAUUAUAAUGUAUUAUUACUGGUUUAGAUAGAAUGAAUUGAUUGGGGGGGAAAUUCACAAGCUACACAGCAUUAUAUAAAGUAAUUGUAUACAUUAAAUUAUUGCAAAUUCUAAUCCAAUAAUGAUUCUGAAAUGACCCGUUCUUCACAAUGGGUACUUUUUUAUGCAAAGACGUUUGAUCUAUUACUACAGCACGCUUUUGAGUAUUUUGACCCUGUAAAAUGACUCUUGCUUAAGUAGAGGUUUGGAGUACUUCCUCCAGCACUGUGUACACGAACAUUGUUCUAACACGUCGUAGAUCUACUGAAGCGUUUCUCAAGUUUCUCCACAAGACUAAAAGAAAAGGUAACACUUCCUUCUUCUGGUCACCACACUAUCAACAGUGUUUUUUCUCAUUUCUACCCUCGUGAGAACUUAUUUUUUUAUGUCAAGGUUUAAGAAAAGACAAGGUUAAUCUGAAUAAAAUGUGUUAACAGAGUUGUUAAAUGUAUUUAUUUCAUCAUGUUAAAUUAUUUUACUGUGAUAUUUAAAUCAAUAAUCCAACUAACCUUCUGAAAUGAUGACUGUUCCUGAGUGUUGUUGUAGCUGAUAAU